AUGCAGCACUUAGACGAGCACAACAUUUUAAGCGACAACCAGCACGGUUUCCGUAAGCGACGCUCCUGUGAGACACAGCUCCUUACCACAAUCCAAGAAAUCGCCUCAAACACUGCCAAAGGGAAGCAAGUAGAUGUCAUUCUAUUGGACUUUGCCAAAGCCUUUGACAAAGUCCCCCAUGCCCGCCUAAUGCACACGUGGACCACUACGGUGUUAGGGGAAAAGAGAUGGGUACAGUCAUUCCUAAGAAACCGAAAACAACAAGUCGUUCUUGAUGCCUUCUUCAAUGACCUCCCAGACGUGAUCAAAUCAUCAUCAUCUAAGUUAUUUGCUGACGACAGUGCAGUCUUCAAGGUGAUCAAGAACGACGAUGAUGUACAGCUCCUCAAGGAAUACCUCGCCGCACUGGAACAGUGGGAAGAAAAGUGGCAAAUGAGCUUCAACCCCACUAAGUGUACUAUCAUCAGAAUCGCCCCUCGUUGCCGAAAAAUCAUAGACACCAAAUACAGUCACCAUUGCCACACACUUGAAGUAGUUGACGCCAUCAAAUACCUUGGAGUCACCAUCACUGAAAGCCUCACCUGGGAGAAUAAAAUAGUCAACAUCCCAAGCAAGGCCAACCGGACACUGGGAUUCCUACGCAGAAACCUGAGGGAAUGCACGCCACCUGUUAAGGAAGCUUCAUACAUGGCCAUGGUCCGCCCCUCACUUGAAAAUGCAGCAACCGGUUGGGACCCACACCAGCAAAACAACAUCAAAGCCAUUGAGCAGGUCCAGCGUAGAGCAGCCCACUUUGUCUUCAACGACUGUUCUACAAAGACCCCAGGAUGCGUCUCCAACAUGAUAAAAGACCUUAACUGGGAGUCCAUCGAACAGCGUCGAAAACACAGCCGGUUGUCCAUGAUGUACAAGAUCCGCAACAACCUUGUAGACAUCAACGCAGACAGGUACCUCCAAAGUGGCGAUGCCCGAACCAGGGGCCAACACCGGCUAUUCCAGCGAAUAACAGACCAGGUACUGGCAAACUCCUUCUUCCCACGGACAGUGCGUGAAUGGAACCUCUUCCCUGCUAGCACAGUAUCUGCGACCACCAUAGAUGCAUUCAGGUUGCUCUUAGUAACCUGA